AUGUUUCAUAUUCUGCAUGACCUGACAUUUGAGGCCGAAUACCAACAGUUUUGUCAUGAUUCCAGCAGCGUCACAACAGCAUGGAUCGCGCUACUGUUUGCCAUUCUGGGAAUUGCCGUCACAGCGCUCGAGGAUGACGAGCCGUUACUUUCCGAUUUAGGGCGGGAGAAGACUGUCACCCGUAACAUUAAAAUCCUAUCAUCGCGGUAUCGAUCUGCCUCACUGCGCUGUCUGGCCGCAGAUGAUGUCCUCUCUCGUCACUCCAUCAAUUCUCUCCAAUCACUUAUCCUGAUAAACUAUGCCCGUGUUCACCGGGGGCUUCCUACCUGGACUCUUUUAGGCUUCACACAUCAUGUCGCCAUAUCCAUGGGCUGUCAUGUUGACCCAGAUCGAUUCCCGCUUGGGCCUAUUGAGCGUGAAGAGCGCAGACGAGCUUGGGCAGGAGUAACCAUGCUUUAUACUACUCAGAAUUCAGUAUUUGGCCAUCUUGGCCAUCACAUCCCCUCUCAAGGUGUGAAGCCUCCCUUGGAAAUCAACGACGUGGACCUACUCACGGGGUCUUUAUCUGAGCAAUCGACCCGUCCAACGCAAAUGACGUAUUUCCUGCUUGAGUUUCGAUUGGACAGGGUCUUAUCUAUGAUCUGUCAGACACUUUUUAGCUUCUGUCCCAAGUUCAGCCUCUCUCAACUUGAGGCGCAGGUUUUGGCCGUUCAUGAGAUCUGUGACAGGCGAUAUCAGGUUAACCCCAACCUUGAGCCUCUGCCAGUACAUCAUGUCGCCAAUCUCAAUAUCCUUUAUAGCUAUAUCCACCAGCUACUUUUGCUUCUACUUCGACCAGGUCUCUGCUGCUACCUCCAGGGUGAAUUUACACCAGAAACGUACGCCGCGAGAACGAAAUGUGUGGCUUCUGCAAAGGCAUCUCUCUCAAUCUAUCACUCGCUCCAUGAGUCGCCCCAGUUCGCCUCAUACAAAUGGUACAACUGUGGGCUUGGAAGCUUCCAUGCUUUCCACGCAGCUGUAGUCUUGUCAGUGGCAUUGAUGUAUCCUGAGAGUCAAUUUGAAUUUGUCGAGAUAAAAGAUAUGCUCUGGAAGUCAAUGGACGUGUUUGCUGCUCUAUCAAAUCGCAGCAAUUUCUGCAGCAAAGCGGUCCCUGUCCUGCGUCGGCUCAUUGACAUGGCCUGCACCAGAGGCCAACAAGCAGUCUUAACUGUAGACCCAAACACGGGUCUCAUAAGCUCCCCAAGUGACCUUACGCAGGACCUGUCGCCCAUAGCUCCCGAGUACAUCAUGGAGCCGCUCUUUGCCCAGCUCCAACCUCAGAGUUGGGUCAGUCCCACGUCUGUUUAUUGGGACGGUUGGAAGUUCCUUUUUGAACGAGGGUAG